AUGUCUCGAUCUCGCCAACAUCCCGCGACUAACCACGAGAACUUAGUCGUUCAAAAGGUUAAGGAGAGCAAGGGCAAACAGACCUACAAAUUCCCACCACGUCCAGGUUAUGGAACCAAGGGCAAGCCAAAGUCUCUCUGGGCUAACUACAUAAAGAUGGACAUAGGAGACCUAGUACUUCAUCGAUACCAUAUCUCAGUUGACCAAGAACCCGGUGUGAGGAGGCAUAUCCAAAUUGUCAAACUACUUCUUCAACUUCCUUGUAUGAAUGAUUAUAAACAAGGCAUCAUCACUGACUUCAGGUCGACUCUUCUAUCACUAAAGAAACUCGAGAAUAUCGAAAUUCCCCAAAAGAUUGAAUACCGUGCCGAGGAUGAAGUUGAGCCACGCAAGGGCGCGAAGAAGUACAAUGUCACACUUAAUUACACCGAGACUCUCUCCAUUUCUAACCUCCAGGGUUAUGCUGAUUCCACUGAUAUUUCGGCGAUCGAUAGUAUUAAGAAAGAAAUAGUGCAAGCAUUGAAUAUUCUAUUCAGUCACUAUGCAGAGACUACUGAUAGCCUUGUCACAUUUGGGCUAGGGAGAGUUUUCCCGGUUAACGCUCCUCCUGAGGAUAAUUGCGACUUAGGCGGCGGUCUAGAGGCGAUAAGGGGCCAUUUCACAAGUGUUAGAUGGAUGACCUCUCGUUUCCUUCUCAACUUAAAUGUCUGCCGCGCAGCCUUCUAUGAGCCCUUGCUACUUAAGGACUUGAUGCUCAAAUAUCGGGAGGACGUACAAGGCACAGAACUGAAGCUAGCAUUCUUUUUAAGGGGGCUUAGAGUGCGGUUAAAUCACCUUGAUAGUUCAGAAAACGACGAUGGAGCCAUUUCCAGAAUUAGGACAAUCUGUGGCCUUGUUACAGAGGACGAUGGAAAGGGUUUAAAACAUCCCCCCGAAGGUCGUCGUUUUGGCGCUAAAUCUAAUGAAAUCAAAUUCUGGAUGGACACAAAAGGAGGUUACAUUAGUGUUUACGACUACUUCAAAGAAAAAUACAAUAUACGCGAUGACUCACAAUUGCCGGUCGUCAAUGUCGGGACAUCAGAGAACCCAAAAUAUCUCCCCCCUAAUGUCUGCAAUGUCCUGCCAGGUCAAGUGGCGAGAACUAAAUUGACUUCCGAACAAUCUCAGAAGAUGAUUGACUUUUGCACUGGUGGUCCCUCUAAAGACGCACUGAACAUCCAGCAGAUCGGAUUGCCCUCAGUUGGACUGAGAGGUAGGAACGGAACCUUUGGCCACUUUAAUAUCAGCUUCCCAGAGGAAAAUUCUUCGCCGAGCCUAAUUACAGUUCCUGCUCGUAUCUUAGAUCCGCCGGUAGUUUGUUACCGCAAUAAGAACCCUAGAUUAUACCAAACUAAUACGGCCUGGAAUCUCCGAGAUCUGCAAUUCAAUAGAACCACCGGGAUGAAUAGAUGGUCGUGUGUGAUCAUCAUGAACCAGAAUGCAACAAACUCAUACGAGGGGAGUCGCGAGGAACUGGAGAUAUUGUUCCGAAACGAGCUCUCUAAAGUCGGAAUACAAUGCAUAAAACCAGUAGAUCUAGGCAAUAACUACAAGGUUACCGUUAACAGUGUAAAAGACACGGAGGAUAUUUUCAAGACUGCCAGGAAAUAUCGUUUGAACUGGCUUUUUAUCGUCUUACCAAGACGGAUGCCAGCACUAAUCUACAACUCUAUCAAGAGGUUCGGCGAUCUUCACUACGGCAUUGCAACAAUCUGUGUCGACGGUAAUAAGCUUAGUACACAGGAAGAUCCUGCUCAAUACCUAGCCAACAUUUCCAUGAAACUCAACCUGAAGCUUGGUGGGGAUAACCAGUACGUCAAAUUCCAUGGUUUGACCAAGCUCGACUUUACCGAGACUAUGGUUGUAGGCAUCGAUGUCACUCACCCGUCCCCUUUAUCCGGCAAGGAUACUCCUAGCAUCGCCGCAGUUGUUGCAAAUAUCGACAGCUGUCUUGGACAAUGGCCGGCUGUGAUCCGACGGCAAGCGGAGGCACGCCAAGAGAUGGUGUCGGAGCUUGCGGAUAUGCUUCACUCAAGACUAUUGCUAUGGAAAAAGAGAAAUAUAUCCUACCCAGAGAACAUUCUGGUUUAUCGCGAUGGUGUAUCUGAAGGCCAGUACGAGAUGGUACUCAAUCAGGAGCUGCCUCUUCUGCGUGAGGCCUGUACUCGCAUUCCCAUGUAUCAUGAAAAACUGCCGCGCCUCACAGUGAUCAUUGUUGGGAAGCGCCACCAUACGCGGUUCUACGCACCUGGCACCGUACAACCCAACCCCUUGCCUGGAACUAUUGUCGAUCGGGGCGUGACGGAGGCCCGGUACUGGGAUUUCUAUCUUCAACCCCACGACGCGAUAAAGGGGACUGCACGUCCGAUACACUACUUUGUGCUACACGACGAGAUAUUCGGAACCUUUCGCAACCCAGUUAGCGAGCUAGAAGCCGUAACACAUGGGCUAUGCUAUGCGUUCGGUCGUGCCACGAAGCCGGUUAGUGUUUGCACUCCUGCCUACUAUGCUGAUAUAGCAUGCGAGCGGGCUCGUUGCUACCUCGACCGUUUGUUCGAUGAUCCUGGUCAAUGGACGACACAGAACGCCAAGAACUCUAAAGACGCUCAGAAACCUAUCCAGGGAAAGAUCCCUCCAUGGCAUGGGAUAGACCUUCACUCUAAUAUUAGAGAUACUAUGUUUUACAUCUGA